GGACAGUGAGCGCUCUCAGUUGUGGAGCAGUUAAUUGAAGCUCUGGCUGCCACUGGGAGAACUAAAGCCCACCAGCUUGGUCUCUGGAAACAAGAUCCUCGCAGGACGCAGCAAAGAGAAGAAAGCCUCUCUUUUUGUAAAAAAAGAAAGAAAGAAAGUCUAAUCAUCUAAAAGGGACUUGCCAUACCAAAUAUAACCAGAAAUAAAGCAAAGCAGAAGCACCAUGCCAAGAGUCCAGAGCCACAUGGAUGAAUGCUCCAGCCACCCAGACGUGUUCCAAAUCUGCACGCAAGAAGUUGAGAGCAGUAGCAGCAGCAGCAGCAGCUGUGGCAGUUCAAAGGUGCAGAAGAUGUGCACUUCUAAGCGGAUACUACUGCUAGCACUCACCUUCUUGGCAUACGUGGUUGACUCUGCCUCUGCUUACGGCCAUGCUGAAACCCUCUGUGGUGGAGAGUUGGUGGACACCCUGCAGUUUGUCUGUGGGGACAGAGGAUUUUAUUUUAGUCGGCCGGUAGGCCGAAACAGAGGCCGGCUCAACCGUGGCAUAGUGGAGGAAUGCUGUUUCCGGAGCUGCGAUCUCAAUCUCUUGGAAACUUAUUGUGCAAAAUCUGUCAAAUCGGAGCGGGACCUCUCAUCAUCUUCUCUUGUAGUCUUACCAGCACUGAACAAGGAUACCUUUCAAAAGCCUUCUCAUACCAAGUACUCAAAAUAUGACAUCUGGCAGAAGAAAAGCUCACAGCGCCUUCAAAGAGGUCUCCCCAACAUCCUCCGUGCCCGCAGGUAUCGAUGGCAAGCGGAAGGACUGCAAGAAUCUGAGGAAUCCAAGGCCCAUCGUCCCUUGGUGGUCCUCCCCACCCAGAAGCCUCUUGUUGUGCAAGCCACAUCAGAAACAAUAGGCACCCAGAAAUGAACUGUGACAAUUAACAAAAUGGAUUCUUACUUUUUGUCAAUCUUAUGGGAGGCAUUCCCAGGCUUGGCCCCAACAUUUUAUCGCUCCCAAACCAGGGCAGGGGGGGAGGGGAAAUGCCCUUUUACACCCAGGAGCAACAACAAGGGGCACUGUAACACCAAACGACUGACAUAGAAAGAACAGGAUUACAACAUUUUCAGCAGCAGCAUUUCUGUGGCAUUGUCCUUAAUUUUUUAAAAAUCUUCUAUUUGUUGGUUUUUUUCAUUUCCUACUCAGUUUCGCAGCCUUUACUUAAAAAGGACCAUUAAGGCACUUGAACUAUUUAAUAUUCGGCCACUGCCUUUCAGCCCAUAUUCCAAACACAGAAGAGCAAGAGAAGAUAAUGAAAUCAAAAGGAGCCCAAAGGGGGGUGGGGACAUCUGAGGGCUUUACAUUCUGGCCUCAUUUCCACCCAUUUUUUUUUCCAGAAUCAGAACCACAGUAUGUUUUGGAGGGGGUUUUGCACGUUUAAAGAACCAGAGGAGAAAUGAGGUCCACUACCUUUUUUAUUGUCAUUUAAUUACACAAUUCCAAAUGUAUUUGCACCUUUAAAAUCACCGAGGAAGUGAGAGAAAGAAGAAAGUGUGAACAAAGGUUCACUUUAAUGGAGGAGAUGACUGCAUUGCACAUUUGCCACGGAUUUAGUUGAAUAUAUAAAAUAUAUAUUAUAUAUAACUUUUUUUGGCAGAAAAGCACUAUUUUUAAUGGGACCAUUUUUGUGUAGUAACUGAAGAUGGGUUGUAAUGUUUAAAUGUUGUUAUGGUGCUAAUGUAAGUUGGAAGAGGGGGAACAAACCCAGAAAAUUACAAGAGGGUGGGGUGGGAAGGACAAGAUCUCGAAUACUGAACUUGAAAUUUUUAGCUUUUCGUUUUAGGAAAGUGUGAUAAGUGUGUUCUUUUUUUUUCUCUUCUGAAAUAUAGCUUGGUCAUGACCAUAUGAGCUAAUUGCCUUUCACUCAUAUACACAAUAUGCACGCACAUGCAGAAAUACAUAAGUACAACUAUAUACAUUUUAAAUCAACGUGUGUUUUUUUUUAGUUUUUCACACAGAAUUGGAAGCACGCCUAUUACAAAGGCAUGUGCUGUGUGAGUAAUCUCAUCCUAUUUCAUGGAACUAUUCACUGUACAUAGAGCAGCCAAUUGGCCUUUGCAAGGUGAGGGUCAGCAUCCUUCCACCAACAACAGUCAUUUUCAGUCUCCAUCGCCCACCUUCUCUCUAAAUUGAUGCCAUAUUUUGUUAAGUGGUCAUUCACAUCUUUCAAAUUAGGUAAAAAUAUACAUGGUGGUUACUGGAAUGAGCUUCCUCAGGAUGAAUAGCUCAAGUGGAUGACCAUCUCAUUAUUUUGCUGCUUUGUUUUACUUCCUUGUCAAAAAGGAAGGAACAGUUCUGAGGGUUACCUUUCGGCAGCAACAAUCAGGUCAUCUACUUAAUACAAAUGCAAUAUUCUGCUUUUACCACUACCACCACCACCCCUGAGGAAGGGAAAGGGUAGAGUUUGUCUUGCACACUAAAGUUCCAGAAGGGAAGGAGUAUAAUAACAUAGCAAAUCCAGAAAUAAAGGUUGGCCAUCCUCAUUGCCUCCAUUCCCAAGAUGGCAAGGACAUUUAAAAGUUCCUUAUUCUAUCCUUUAGAGUGCAAAAAACACACAAGAAAUCUGAGCUGAUAUAACAAAGAUGGGAAACUUUAAAAGCCAAUUCAGUUUGAUGCUCAGGAAUAAUGAGGGGGGAGGGGCAGGAGGUGAUGAUACAUAAUCACCUGUGUGAUUGUAAGCAGAGGGGAAACCAGUGCCCCCAUCAUAUAUACUCAAUUGCUUAGAGAAAGGGGGCAUUAAUCAGUUCUGUACCUGCUUUGCCUUAUAUAUCCAAACAUUUAAAAGAACAUAAAGACUACUUGAACUGUAUUUUUAAAGUAAGGGAUAAGUUUUUUAAUGUGUCCAUUUUUUAAUUGUUAACUUGCAAUUUUGAGCCAUGAAGCCAUUGAAAGUUUACUUUUCCAUGGAAUUGCAAUAUACAAUUAAUCCCCAGUCAACUAAAAUAUAUGGUGUGGUAGAGCAUAAAGAAUGAGAUGACCUUCUUCAAGAUAUAUCUGAGAAAACAGCAAAGGGAUUUAUAUAUCGUCCAGGCUCAGUUUUGUAAUAUUAUUAGCAGAGCUGACUUUGAUAUUGCAAAGGAGUAUGUGCUUGCUUUGAGCUUAUGGAAUAUUAAUCAAAGUUGAUGGAGUCUCCAUACAGUUAAAUAUACCCUUAAGUGCUUGUCAACUGAAGGAAAUCUCAAUAGCUAAUAACUUUUGAGAAGUGGAAUGCUCAGCAAAUAACAAGUAUAUUGUUGUAAAUUUGACUUUGGAAUGUUUGCAUCUUGGAAGUUGGUUCAGUAUCCUCCUAACAAUUACAGAAAACCUGAGUUUGUGGUUCUCUUUUUUCAGUUUGUGUAACCACUCACCUUAAUGCCAGAUAGAAACAAUAGUUUUAAGUACUCUUUGGUUACAUUGUGCAUUAAAAGUUAAGCAAGUAUAGAUUCAAAGCCAAAUGAAUCAGAAUGUUAGGCCCCGAUUUCAUGAUAAUCUAUACCAGGAAGCUUCCAGCUCCGUAUAAUUAAGGUAUGUUUUUGAUUCAAGAGAGAACAUGCAUUGAUUCCCUGAAUACAUCCAAGCCUACAUUGAGUACAGGAACUAGCGAUGAAUACAAUUUGUAGAACAAAACUCUUAUAGCCAUAGAGAAUUGGACGGCAUUUUGGCUACUUGGCUUUCUUUUGCAGGUUUACAUGUACUCUUUAAGGCUACAGUCUUAUGCACAUUGUCUAUACAUAGUUAUUUGUAUUUUGGGUCUGCCAUUGGAGUAAGUAUACAUUGGUUUAGGCAAUGUGCUAUAUGCAAAAUCAAUGCCAACGUGACUAUAAGAAAUGUGUUUUUAGGACUGGAAUAUUCAAACAGACCAAAAGAACACUUGGUUCAUUGUUCAAACCACCAAGGAGCCUUAGAAUUAUCAUAUUGAAACCAAUUUAAUCAUAUGGGCCCAGUUAAUCUGCAUAAUCUGUACUAAGACAUGCAAUAUUCAAAUGACUGGCAAGAAGGAUAUUGCUAUCUUCCAGUGUCUUUGUUGCAGUAAGAAGAGGUGUAUAGUACAGUUGAUAGUGUUUCUCUGGCAAAUCCAACAUUUUUCAUUAAACCACAAGGGAGAGAUGGCUAACAUUAAAGUGGAAGAUUUUCUGAGCACUGUCUUCUCCAAGUGAAGUGUCAAAUCCCUUUAGUGGUGUAGCACAAUAUAUUCCUGGGGCACAAAUGAUUUGCAAAUUAGUUUUUUUCUUAAAAAAAAACUGGGGCUCUUAAAAAUGCUUGAAUACAUACCUGAUCUGUUUUUAUCCACCCCUUAGUGCAUAGCCGCAGCAUUAAAGGGAUGGAGCAUGGUUCCCCCAAACUGGUUCCACUGUCUUACUGUCUCAUAACAGCUUCAUUCAUUUCAUCCUGCCUGAUUGCAAAGGCUCAGUCUUUUGGUGAUGGACCUAGCUGCCUCUGCACUAAAUGAAGGGAAGAAUUGUAUUUGUUGUUUUUUAAAAAACUUUUUUGUCAUUGUAUGUAUUAUUGUUUGCUCAAGUUUUAUAUGGAGGGGAGGGAGUGGGGAAGGGGGAAAGUGGGUGUUACUGUAUCUUGAAAUAUUUCACUUGUGUGCACUCAAUAUGCAAGAGUCAAACUGCCCGGAAUUCUGCACCUAUUGUACUUUUCAUUCGUAAUACAGUAUCAAUAAAGAAAUCAGCUAUAAUGUU